UUCCACUUUGCUUGCUUGCACGAAGCACAUUUCUUUUUGGUCAUUCGAGUCGUCAGCCUGAUGUGGUGUUGCUGCGUAUUCCGUAGAGACUCGGUAUUGGCGGUUUCUAAGAAUUAAGUCGGGAUGACUUCACGUGUCUACGUCGGUCGUCUGAACUAUGACGUCAGAGAACGGGAUUUGGAAAGGUUCUUCAAAGGAUUCGGCCGGAUCCGCGAGAUAUCCAUCAAGAACGGCUUUGGAUUCGUGGAGUUUGACGACCCCAGGGAUGCAGAUGAUGCAGUGUACGAGUUGAACGGAAAGGACCUGAUGGGUGACAGGGUGUCCGUGGAGCUGGCACGUGGCAUCCGCCGGGGCGCCGACUACUACCGCUCGCGCAGCACUGCGCCGUCUCCACCGAGGCGCAGGUAUGGGCCCCCAACCCGGACGGAGUACCAGCUUACAGUGGAGAACCUGAGCAGCCGUGUCAGUUGGCAGGAUCUGAAGGAUUACAUGCGGCAGGCUGGAGAAGUGACUUAUGCAGAUGCCCACAAGCUGAGGCGCAAUGAAGGGGUGGUUGAGUUUGCCACCUACUCCGACAUGAAGAAUGCCCUGGACAAGUUGGACAACACAGAUUUGAGCGGCCGCCGUAUCCGUCUAGUUGAGGAGAAGAGACUGCGAAGGAGCCGUUCGAGGUCAAGAUCUAGGUCCAGGUCUCGAUCCAGGUCGUCCCGCUCAAGGUCGAGGUCACGGUCCGCGAGGCGCAGUCGCCGCAGUCGUUCCCACUCCAGGUCUCGCUCCCGCAGCCCCGUAAAGCGACGCUCGAGAUCACGGUCCCGCACCCCCGUAAAGCGACGCUCGAGAUCGCGGUCUCGCACGCCCGUCAAGCGGCGUUCGAGGUCCAGGUCUCGUACCCCGGUGAAGCGACGCUCAAGAUCGCGCUCGCGCACCCCAGCGAAGAAGAGGAGCCGGACCAAGUCUCGUUCCCGAACUCCCGUGAAGCGUAGGAGUACCUCCAGGUCACGCACCCCUUCCAAGCGGCGCAGCAAGUCAAGGUCGCGUAGCCCUCUGCCGAAGCGCAGGGCUUCCAGCCGGUCUGCGAGCCGGUCUAGAUCCAGAUCGAAGUCGAGAAGUCAAAGCAAGUCGCCGGAGACCAACAACCGGCACCGGUCGGCUUCAAGGUCCAAGUCUAGGUCGGGCUCACCUCCAAAGAAGAACGAGGACAAUUCCAGCGACAGUUAGUUCCGUUCGUCUUGGCACUGUUGCUUGCCCACAAUUCACUCACUCAUCCUCGCCUCUCGGUGAUCGUUGUAUAUAAACCUUCCAUUGUCUGUCGUCCUCAAUAAAUAUUGCUGUAUGCUUGCCCA